AUGACUUCACAGUCUCCAGAUGCCCCGCCCCGCGCCUCAUCCCCAUCCGCCAGCUUCUACGCCAUGAGCGACGACGAGGAGGGCGAGUACGAGACCAUCACCCAUGUGCAGAGCGGCAGAGGGGUGAAGCUCUUGUUUUCAAAGAGCAAGGUCUACGUCCAUCCAACACCCUCGACCAAAGAUAAUAUUCCAGGAUACAUCGCUCUUCUCCAGCAGAAGGGAUCCCGGCGCGAGUCCAAUCCCACCAACGAGGCAGAAGGCAGUUCAAUUGGCGCCGCCGACCUAUUACUGGGAUGGAUCCCCGAGUCUGCCCUGGGCGACUCCGAAAGCAUCUAUGUCAAGGUCGACCUGUGCGAUGGCGACAGUCCCCCGAAACAGAAAUAUCUUGUUCCCCCGCCUCCGACCGUGACGGCAAUCAGUAGCUCUGUCGGCGGCUAUUCCUUCGCCAUCCCCGUCAGUGCAAUCUACUCUCUGCAAGUCCGGCCGCCGAGCCUUGGGUGGUGGUAUGGAUCCGUCAUCAUCAAUUCCAAGGGGGGCGACAGCUUCCCCGCCCUCUUCUUCCACGAUAACGAAUGCCAGAGCACAAUCCUGCAGAAGAAGAAGCUGGCCCGCGAUACCUUUGAUCCUUUCGGCGAGACUGGGCAGAUGUUCUGGGGAGGCGAUGAGAUUAUCCGAUGGCUGCGACGAUACGUCAAGGUUGAGAGGUCCGGCGCGGAGCCUAAUAUUUAUCUCAUUGACCCAAGCAAGGAGGACAUGGAAGCUUUCGGCCAAAAACUGACUACAAGCUCUAUAAAGAAGAAGGAUGAACCUGCCCGGGGAGGUUCUUCCAACGACGCCCAAAUGGACCCUUUUGUUAAGUUCGUCAAGGAGACGGGGUGGAACCUAAUGAACCAGUUCAGCAAAGUCACGACGUUCACGAGGAGAGCGGCGCAAGACUUUGUGGACAAUCCUAAUCUACCUCCCCAAGUUAGGAGACUGCUGAAGACACCCGAGGUCCAGACGCUGCAGGACGAAUUCGACAGUGCCCGCAUUUACUUGGCGAGAUGGGCCAUGGGUAUCGCUGAGCAGAGCGAACGGGACCGCAAGCAGCGAACAUGGACGGCGCACGAUGUCAUGGAGCUUGAGGAUACCGACGUGGGAGAGUUUGAACUUUUAGAGGGCAGCUCCCUUUCUUUAGAGGAUAGACGAAAGACGCUGACCCAGAAGGAGUGGGAUGGCUUUUUCGACCCGGAAACUGGUCGACUGUCUGUUACAACCGACGAGGUCAAGGAGCGCAUCUUCCAUGGUGGGCUCGACCCUAAUGACGGAGUUCGCAAGGAGGCUUGGCUCUUCCUGCUGGGGGUUUACGAUUGGUAUGGCACAACAGAUGAACGGAAAGCUCAGAUCGCCUCUCUGAGGGACUCGUAUUACAAGCUUAAGCUUUCCUGGUGGGACCGUCUCGAGGGAGAUGGCGGAGACGGAGAAACUGGCGAGUGGUGGCGUGAGCAGCGAGCUCGCAUCGAAAAGGAUGUCCACAGAACUGACCGAAACGUCCCCAUCUUCCACGGGGAGGACACUCCCCACCCAGAUCCAAGCUCCCCAUUUGCCGAAGUAGGCACAAAUGUUCACUUAGAGCAGCUCAAGGAGAUGCUUCUGACUUACAACGAGUAUAACAAGGAUCUCGGCUACGUGCAGGGGAUGUCAGACCUCCUCGCUCCCAUCUACGCCGUCGUCCAGGACGACGCCAUCGCAUUCUGGGCGUUCCAGAAGUUUAUGGACCGGAUGGAGCGCAACUUCCUGCGCGACCAGUCCGGCAUGCGCAGCCAGCUCCUGACCCUCGACCAGCUCGUCCACUUCAUGGACCCCAAGCUCUGGGAGCACCUCGAGAAGGCCGACAGCACCAACUUCUUCUUCUUCUUCCGCAUGGUCCUCGUCUGGUAUAAGCGCGAGUUUGAGUGGAUGGACGUCCUUCGGCUGUGGGAGACGCUCUGGACCGACUACUACAGCGCCAAUUUCCACCUUUUCAUCGCUCUGGCCAUCCUAGAGAAACACCGGGAUGUGAUCAUGACGCACCUGCAAGCAUUCGACGAGGUGCUAAAAUACGUGAACGAGCUUUCCAACACCAUCGACCUCGAGUCAACUUUGAUCAGGGCCGAAACCCUCUUCCGGAAAUAUCAAAGACUGGUUGAAGCAGUCGACAAGAAGGAGAACUUCCCCGCUCCCAGGAAACCAGAGGCGGAAGCCAGCAAUGCCAAUGGCGGCUCGAACUCCGGAAACAGGGACAGCAAAACCGCAACCCCAAACAAGGGCAAAGGCAAAGAAGAUGUCGCCAGGGUCAUCACGCCCGAGUUGCGGAAGUUGCUGAGCAAACAGGUUGACGUCCUGCCCCGGACGACUGUGGCUGAGAAUGGCGACGGUAUGCCUACUAGGUAA